AUGGCUAUGUCCAGUAUCGGGCGUAUCUUGGAAGCGGCCCGCUGGAGAUCGUAUAGUGUUUGUAAAAAACUGACAUCAGAACUGCCGAGAACGCUACGACUCGGAAAAUACUACAGUACCAUAUGGUAUAACGGACAACCAAAGACGGAAAGACAGACAGAAAAAAAACCAGAACAAAAAUGUAACAAAUGUCUAGAGACAGGACAUAGUACGAUAGAUUGUAAGAAUGACUGGACAUGUUUCAUCUGUAAGGAACGAGGACAUAAACGACAAGAUUGUACCAAGGACAUGAAUGAGUCAGAGACAGAGUCUGAGUCAGAGACAGAGUCUGAGUCAGAGACGGAGUCGAAAUCAGAGACAGAGGCAGAGAUAUUCACAGAGACAGCGACAAACAACGAAACUGACAAUCAACAACGAGACAACGAAAAUAAGGCGGAGACUGGCAAUACUGUAACAGAGAAAAAACAACAGAAUAGAACAUCAAGGAAAGAUAGAAAUGGACAGACAAACUCAAUCAAACAAUUUUUAGUCUCAGCUAAGGAAGGUUCUAAAACACCGGGGCAAGACAGAACGAGAAGCCUGUCAAAAAAAAGACCGCCUUCAGCAACAGAAUUGAAUGACGCAAAAAAAUCAAAGAAAGGCACAGGAGAGAAUGAUGGUAAUACACGAUGA